CCAAAAAAAGAAGAUGUUGACUAGAGACAUGGAUGGAGAACUCAAGAACUUCAUCAAGGUUUGGAUCUCAGCAACAAUCUCCAUAGCUUAUUGUUACUACAUAUCAGCAAGAAUCAAAGCUGGUGUAUUUCGAUUACUCUCUGUUCUUCCUGUUUGUGCUCUGUUUCUUCUACUUCCUCUGUUUUUUUCCUCUGUUCACUUCUCUGAACUUACAGCAUUUUUCCUCACAUGGCUCGCAAAUUUCAAACUCAUCCUCUUCUGCUUCGAUCAAGGCCCCCUCGUCCCACUUCCCUCAAAUCUCUCCCGAUUCAUCUGCUUCACUUGCUUCCCUAUCAAGCCUCAACAAAACCCUAAUUCUCCAACUCAAAUCUCCAAAUGGGUUUUCGCCAUUAAAGUUGUUAUAUUUGGUGUGUUGUUACAAAUGUAUGAAUAUAAACAACAUCUCUCUCCGACUGUGCUACUGGUUCUCUAUUCUCUACAUAUAUACUUGGAGCUUGAGUUUGCCUUAAUGCUCGUCAAAAUUUUGGUCUUUAUCACUCUUGGGUGCGAUCUAGAGCCACAGUCCAACGAACCAUACUUAGCCACCUCUCUUCAAGACUUUUGGGGUCACCGGUGGAACCUCAUGGUCCCCGCGAUCCUCCGGCCGGCCGUUUAUACCCCGGUCCGGCGACUUGCCAAACGGAUAAUGAACUCCGAUCAAGCUUUGUUCUCAGGAGUUUUUGCAGCGUUCCUCGUCUCCGGUGCGGUUCACGAGCUGAUCUUCUUCUAUAUAACACGUGAGAUGCCUACAGGGGAAGUCACUUGGUUCUUUGUGUUACAUGGACUUUGCACUGCCACAGAAGUAGCGGUGAAGAGGACGAGUUUGGUGCAGCGGUGGCCGGGAGUGAGUUCUCCUACGGUGUCACGGCUUCUCACAGUGGGGUUUGUGGUUGUGACGAGUGGUUGGUUGUUUUUCCCUCCUCUUAUAAGGAGUCGCAUGAUCGAGAGACUCGCUAACGAAGCCUUUUUGUCCAUUGAUUUCGUCAAGCACAAGCUUUUUUACUUUUAG